UCUCUACAUAUCAGACUGGACCGAAAACCUGGGACGAGUUCACAAGUCUGCCCAGGAGCCCGGGAUUAUUCGCCUUAUCUCUAUAGUCCACCUAGAGGAGAAGGUUUGAGCUCAACUGAUGGCUGUCUCAGAGAUGUCCACGCUUCGGUACGUUAGGAGUCUAAUCCUUUGCCUUUUGUUGCUUCCUUGCCGCGGUCAAACGAGUCCAAUUCCUUCCCUGGAGGAGCCAUUUCCGGGAAGUCUUGAUGCUCCUUUGCCAGACCAGGAUGAUAAUGUAGACGUUCAGGCCCUUCUAGGUCAGUUCUUCUACAUGGUAAAUGUAACCGAGCAAGAGCCAAAGCUGAGGCCGCGGGCUGCCAGCACUGAGCCACCAGAGUACAUGCUGGAGCUUUACAACCAGUACACGAAGGAUCGCAGCACCAGACCUGCAGCAAAUAUUGUACGGAGUUUCAAAAACGAAGACUCCUCCCCUUAUAGCGUGACAAGAAGAGGUGUGAGGACGCACCCUCUUAUGUUCAAUGUCUCUGUCCCACGUGAGGAGCGCGUUAUCACUGCUGAGCUCCGCCUCUACAUGCUGGUACAUCAAGAUCCUCUACGCAAAAAUGGCAUUGACUGGAAGGUAACGGUUUUUGAGAGGCAAGUAGAAAGUGGUCCUUCACUUCAGCAUUCUAAGGGCGGAUCUGGGGAGAAUAAUUUGACUGGAAUGCAGGAGCUGGUGGUAGGGCACGGUCAGCGUAAAGAGAGUGGAUGGGAAGUGUUCGAUCUGACUGAUGCUGUUCUGCUCUGGGGAGACCUGGAGGGUAUCAGCCACUGGCUUGAGCUGCAGGUUGAAAUUGAGACUGAGCUACAGGAUGAAGACAAGAGUGGACUUUUUGCCAAUCUGGACAUUGAAAGGAAUACAGGAGGAAAGUAUGAACCAGUGUUGAUUGUCUUUUUAGACAAUGAAAGUGAAUGGAAGGACCAGCCAAAGAAGGAGAUCCCGGAAGACAACGCUGACCUGUUAGAUCUCAAUGAAUUGUUGGUGGAUGAAAUGGACGGCAAUGACAAGCAACAAAACGAGGCCCUUUUAAUGCAAAUGCGCUCUAACAUGAUCUACGACAGCUCGCCACGAACUCGCCGCAAUGCCAAAGGAAACCAAUGCAAGAGGACUUCCCUUUAUGUGGAUUUUAAAGACAUCGGCUGGGACUCGUGGAUUGUCGCACCACCAGGCUUUGAGGCCUACACAUGCCGCGGGGAAUGCAACUAUCCCUUACUUCCACAAGUCACGCCUACCAAGCACGCCAUAAUCCAAACACUGGUCAAUUUGAAAAGCCCUCAAAAGGUCUCAAAAGCAUGUUGCGUUCCCACCAAGCUGGAGCCAAUUUCUCUGCUGUAUGAAAAUGAGAAUGGCCAUGUGGUUUUAGAGCACAAGUACGAGGGCAUGGUGGUGGCAGAGUGUGGAUGCAGAUGAGAUCCUUAAGCUCUCAAUAACUCUCUCCUAAACCAGCUGACCACCCAAAUACAAGAUUAAGAGGCCUGAUGAGAUGAUAAGAUGAUGUGAUUGUUCAAAUAUGAGUACCAUGAUCAACAACGAUGCUACAUUUGUGUGAUAAUUAACAACGUUUCUAGCAACUCUUAGUAGAAGUAUUUAAACAAAUGUAUUGUGAGUAACACAGUAGCAUGCCACUAUGUGAAAUAUACAGACACUGUAACCUGGCAUGGAAUGGAUGGACUUCAUGGAGAAACAGAGACAUUAAUGAUUUUUCACUUAAUGUAUAUCUGCUUUUUACAAUGCAGACUAGUGCUUUUCUAUUGUACAAAAAUACUCGCUGUAGUCUAGAAUUAUAAUCAUAAUUACUGUAUAAUAAAGUAAG